AUUUUUUAUCGUUUAAUUGUACACAAGUACACUUGUGAAGUACUUGUAGAGUAGGAAAGAAUCGGACGUGAUUUUCUGUUCAGGUAUCUGAUAUCCGACGCUGAAAGUUGGUGACGAUAUUGCUUUUUUAUCGAUCGCUCUUUCCUCGUAACUGAGAAACUUAACACUGUCUUCUUUCGCUUAAUAGGCUACUUCAACCUAGUUCUAACUCGAUAAGUGCAAGUUAAAAAUGAAAAGAGAAGCUUCCUUAAAAUAGUUGUUCUUAAAACCAACUCUCGAGUUUACAGAGGUAACAAAAUUUUCCAGCCAAGUAGUUUGCACGGUGCAAAUUGAUAUUGUGUUUUUAAUAUUCUGUUUUGCGUGACGUAUUACGUAAACGUGUGAUCUUGUUGUUGCCGAGAUUAUCCGUGACUCGAUUUAUCGUUUCGUGAUAGCUAGCUAAAAUUCCGUAACCGUAUUAGACGACCGUGGUCGGGAUACCUUUUAAGUACCUCCCGUUCAAUGCUAGUCUCGUCAAACCUUAGCUCGGUGCACACACUCGUGUCGAAUUAUCCGUCGCUGCUUUUGCGGCCGUCCUUACACUUCUCAAAGACACCUGUUGCUUCUUUUCUUUUUUCCUCAGCCCCUUUGGAAUCGUUUAACCACUCAACCGGUCCGAGAGCCGACCGAUUAAUCGGGAAAUGAGAAAGGGAAAGCCUUUGAAGAGGAAUAAUUUCACCAGACGUUGGAAUUGCUUUGUCUCGUUACCUCCACUGCGAGAUCUAUUCGACUACUAUUACUGUCCAUUUUUCUUGUUGGAAGAUUACGUAGGACAGUUGACGCUCAUUACGAUUUAUGUAUUCCUCGGGUCUUAUGCAAUACAUAGCACUCGGAUGCAAUGUAAACAUUUUUUAUUAAGAGGAAAGAUACACAUAGGUGUGUUAGCUUGUCUUGGAUUUUUGGAGAAUUCAAGAGAAGUCUGAGGAAACCCUAUAAAGGUUAGGAAGACCUAGUUAGAACCUAGGAAGUAGGAAGAUGAAUUUCAUUGGAUUUUAAUUUGUUGUCAUAGGAAUUAACUCGUGGUUUCUGCAGAGGUCAGAUAAUCAUCUUUUUAUAAUUACCUCUAAAUUUAAACGAGUGAUAUAUAACAUUGACCUAUGUGUACGUGACAUUUUGCUCUUAUGCUCUAGUUAAGGUAUGAGGUUGAAACGUCGUCCUAAAUACUGUAGGUUAAUGUAACCUAUAUAAAUUGUGCACAACACGUGGCAGGAAAUCCUUUGGGCGUCAAGCAUUAUCUCUAUUGAUUACGCCGUUUGGUCUCCUCGUUACAUCAACGAAGCUGUCUUAAUGAAUGCAAUCGUACACGUUAACACAAUCGUUUUCUCUAUGGUCAAUAAAAAUUCGACGCGUUAACGAGUUUAAUUAAGACCGAUGCUGUGAACUGGGACUAAUGAACGUCGAUAAACAACGUGACGGAGAUUAUGUAAUGUGAACCGUUGCAAAACGUAUGCGUUGCAUGUAGGAAGUUAUCCGGUCGGUCGACCGGUUGGCGGCCAUGUCAAGGCACGUGCUCUCUCAGACGCGUAAAAAUACCUGCUCUUGACAGUGAUCACGACCGGCGUCGGCGCCGAGAACAUUAAAAAGAAGAUAAAAGGACGAGUUUCCUUUGAGCGGUACGCCGAGAAAUGAUGCCGUUUUUUUUGUACAAGAAGCUCUACCAUCAUGCUAACAGCACAUCCCUGAGUCGUUUGAAAAAUUCUGUUGCAAAUAUUAUUUAGACUUGCACAACGGAAGCGCCUACGAGACAAUCAGAAGGCCGUCGUUGGCUGCCAGCAGAAAGUCAAUGAAAAAGUGACGAGACAGUUGCGAAGGAGGGAGCUAAGACAACGUUCUCUUCUUGUUCGCGCGCGCUGCUGUAGUCUAUCCGUGGCUUUCGGGCGCGAAACGCACACAGGUCAUCGGUGUCGUGUUCCCGUCAAAUCCGACACGUGCGUGGCUCACAUACCGUUCUCUGUGAUUACCAUUCGGCCUCACGGCCUUAACUCCCCACUUUCUUUUGCUCUCGUAUUCGACAUACAACCACUGCCAACAUGCUGAUCUCCAGAAGCACGUGACACGUUUUUCUCCUCCCAAUAAGAAAUCGUGACGAAUUACCCUUCUUUGUAAUUUUUUCUAUUCACGGUUGGAAAGGCUUCUCUGAAGCAAUCUGCGUUAUGGGUUCCGGAUAUCUAAAACGCGCGAACACUGAACGGCUCCAUGAAAUAUUUAAUCAGUACGCCUCACAAGAAAAGAAUGGCGAGAGGUUUAUGACCGCGUCUGACUUCGUACGAAGUUACCUUGGACUCUACACGAAUCCCGAUUACAAUCCUGAUUCCGUUAACUUGCUCGCCGGUAUCGUUGAUACCAGUAAAGAUGGACUCAUAUCGUUCGCCGAGUUCCAAGCGUUCGAAGGGCUGCUCUGCGUGCCAGACGCUUUGUACAAGACAGCCUUCCAGUUGUUCGACACUAAUGGAAAUGGAAUGGUUGCGUUUGACGAGUUCGCUGAGGUGAUGCUGAAAACGGAAUUACAUCAAAGGAUGCCGUUCAAUAUGGAAAGCAGUUUGAUCAAACUUUAUUUUGGGAAGGACAAGAAGCGGUUGAUCAACUAUGCUGAGUUCAGUCAAUUCUUACACGACUUCCACGAAGAGUACGCAACGGAGGCUUUCAAGAAAUUUGACAAAGACGGUCAAGGCUUCAUUUCACCGCUAGAUUUCGAAGACAUAAUGCUCAGCAUCAAGAGCCACUUGUUAACCAGGGACGUGAGAGACAACUUGGUCGCGGCUGCUAGUACUGGACAGACUGGACGUAAAGUGAGCUUUCCAUACUUCAUGGCGUUCAAUUCUCUCUUGAAUAAUAUGGAGCUUAUAAAACGUAUUUACCUGAAUGCUACAAAUGGCCAUAGAUUUGAAGAGGUUACCAAAGAGAGGUUCCUUCAUUCCGCACAAAUGAUGUCGCAGAUCACGCCGCUGGAGGUGGACAUUCUCUUUCAACUUUGCGACCUGCUCCAUCAGACUGGGAAAAUUGUAUACAAUGAUCUCGUGGCUAUUACACCCGAGCAGUAUUUCAAGCAAAUUACAAAACGCCUUGCCGAGAUUAAGGCGGUGUCGAGCCCGGAAGAGCGCGGCGUGUUCGUCCAGAUACUCGAGAGUGGAUACCGAUUUGUCUUAGGAUCUAUUGGUGGAGCCGUUGGCGCAACAGCCGUGUAUCCCAUUGACUUGGUGAAGACGAGGAUGCAGAACCAAAGGACCGGGUCCCUGGUCGGCGAGCUGAUGUACAGGAACAGCUUUGACUGCUUCCAAAAGGUCAUCCGGCACGAAGGUUUCUUCGGCCUUUACAGAGGUUUGUUGCCUCAAUUGAUGGGCGUGGCGCCGGAAAAGGCCAUCAAGUUGACGGUUAACGACUUUGUCAGAGAUAAGUUCAUGGAUAAGAAUGGCAAUUUACCCCUUUUCGGGGAGAUUAUAUCCGGUGCUUGUGCAGGCGGUUCUCAGGUGAUAUUCACGAAUCCUUUGGAAAUUGUAAAGAUCCGGCUGCAGGUGGCUGGUGAAAUAGCAGGGGGCUCCAAAGUCAGGGCGUGGACUGUCGUUAAAGAACUAGGUGUUUUUGGUUUGUACAAAGGCGCAAGAGCUUGUUUCUUAAGAGAUAUUCCAUUUAGUGCAAUUUAUUUCCCAAUGUAUGCACACACGAAGAUACGAUUAGCGGACGAAGGAGGGUACAAUACGCCUCUGUCACUUCUCGCUUCCGGUGCGAUCGCCGGCGUCCCUGCAGCAGCGCUGGUCACUCCUGCAGACGUAAUAAAAACAAGACUACAAGUUGUAGCCAGACAAGGUCAAACAACAUACAACGGAUUGCUAGACUGUGCAAAGAAAAUCUACAGGGAAGAAGGUGCCAAAGCGUUCUGGAAAGGAGCUACAGCCCGAGUGUUUAGAUCGUCACCCCAGUUCGGUGUCACCCUCUUCACCUACGAGUUACUACAGAGGCUGUUCGUGGUCGAUUUCGGAGGAUCUCGACCUUCCGGGUCCGAGCAAAAGGUACCGGCAACAGGAGUAGCGAAAGAGAUACGUUCGACGAACCCGGACCACAUAGGUGGCUACGAAGUCGCUCUGCCCAUCUUCACCGGCAUCGAAACCAAGUUCGGUCUCUAUCUACCCAGAUUCCAAGCCGGUCGAAACGGAAAGUAACGGUCGUCGAGUUAGCUUCCGCUAGAAAAUUAAGCUUGUAGCGACAACCCCGUCAUCAACAGAACUGCGCAUCGAGUCGCCGAGUACUCAACCGACUGUCCAAGACCAACGAGUACGAGCUCCACAGAAUCUACCGACCUAGCCAAACCUGGUCAAAGCUUAGUCAACGAUCAAGAGUCUUCAAUCGUCGUUGAUACCCGGAUCUUCCAGGCCCGAGACUUUCUUGUCGAGGGAUCCAUUUCUAGGACGCCAGCGUCCCUGAACAUUUGACGGACAAUGCCAUCUUCCUGGAAGCGAUACGGGACAGGAGUGUUAUAUUAAAAGGGAACAUCGAAAGGAUUCUUGACGACAGAAAUGAUAUCAAAGAUCUCUGUAAACUCGUAAAACAGGGAGCUGUAUGAACAUAUGGCAACAUCUAGGAACCUCAGUAUGGACAGAGCAUCGCUAAUGCGCACAACCCCGGUGACGAUCCUCCAGAGAGGACACUUCGCCGCGAUAGAACAGCAGGAGGAACAGUAACACAGGGUUUAGACAAGAUACUUGGUGCUGUCCAGUGGGAAACUAGCCUCUUGCACACAUGAUCGUUUGUCAGAGUCUACAAAUCGAAUAUGUAUUUAUAGUCCUUGGAGAAUAAAGGAACGAAGUAUCAGAUCCUUGGAUAUGUAUCUUACGGCUGGUAAGUUGGCAGCCGAGACGAAUGCGGGCUCGAUUGGUCGCAGCGGUAUAAGCCAAUUUACUCAGGGGUAGUAGCAUCAUAUCACAACGUGAAUGGAUCUCGUCAGAGUUAGCAUAGUUGGUAGAGAUCAGCUUUACAUUGGCAACUUGGUGUUGCCAUUGGUAAACCUGGUCUCCGAUUCCAGAGUGUCAAAGAUAGGGGCAGGUGGAACAAGUGGUUUACUACCCGUAUCCCACCCCACAUGCCAACUUACCAGCCGUUCUAUUGUAAGCGAUAUAUGUAUCUUUAAUCAAAGAACGCUAGAACCAAUCAGAGAUAGAGUAAGAUAAAAAUUUGCGAAUAUGGAGGAAUCUAUUGGGAAGUGUACAUAGCGGAACCCCGUAUAGAUUGAUGGGCAGCACCGAGUCGAGAUAGAGACAGGGAACACGAUUUAACUUAAAGAUAUUAUUGAAAAUUCUCAAUAGCCUCUUUAAUCUUACGUUCACCGAUCUGCGCAAGUGUGGAGCUCGAAUGGUUGACCAGAAGCAGAUACGUUAAUCUUUGUACACGUAGAAACACCUUUCGUUAACGAUCCUAUGCUGCCUCACCUUUUGCACUCUACUUUUAAUUGAUCGGUUCGACAACUUAGCUUAUGAAUUAUAUUGCUUGUCGCUUCAGCAGAAAUUUCGCGUGUUCUCAUACUUGUUUAGACAAAUAAGGGUGCAAAGGGUACAAAAGAGAGAGUGAAAGAGUUGGUACGCACUUUUGAAGGCUUGCUUUGCCGGUGGCACCUUACUUUUUCUACUUUUUAUAUGCGAUCGAAACUGAAGCUUGUUUGUACGCGGUUCCCAAGAGUUUACACUAUUUUUGUAGGUUUGUAUUCGAUAGUAGACAAGUUUCAGACAUAGUUUGCGUUCACUCGUCCGCUGGAUAUUGUAAUAUUCACAGCAUGUUUCCAAAUUUCCCGUAGGAUUGCUUCAGAGAUUAGCCUUUCUAGUCGUGACUACCAUUUGCUUUCCAAAUCUCUCUGACACGUCAUCAACUUACCGUGCGCUUUGGUUUCAUUCGAGGUUCAGUAUAUGUACAUACAGAGUAGAGUCGAAGAUUUCUUUAUUAAAUUUAUUCGUAUUGGAUUCGUUCGUAGAGAUUAUUUUUGAAAUUAAAGGCUCUCAGUGUUCGAAGAAUUUGAUCUUGUCAAAAGAGGUUAUAGUUUUUGUACUGUGGUGUUUUUGCUUUUGUAUAUUUGGAUGCUGUCUGGGUUUUUCUCGAGUAAGGGUAAACGUAGGGAGUUGAACACCCCACUUUGGUCUUGGGAGAACCCUACUUCCUUUGAGUUUUUUGGAUCUUCCAUUUGGUUCCAGAUUCUCCUCAGUUGUCAUUCUUUUAAGUCAUUGAAAUAUCUCCUAGGGACCCCUGGAUAUUCUAGGUGUUCCUAGGAGUUCACCAGAUUCUACUAGGUCCUCCUAAAUCUCCUUUAGGUUCUCCAAGGUAUUGGAUUCUCCCCAAAUUUUUGCUAGUUCCUAGUUCUACUGACCCUUACUCAAGAGAAGCCCAGGCAGCAUCAGAAUAUAGAGUCUGGAUUAAGUCUGGGGUGUAUAUUUAUAUAAAGCGAAGGAAGUGGGAGUUUAGGGGUGACUGACCCCUUGAAUAUCAAUUCAACCAUCCUGAUCAUAGUUCGAUGUACAUACAUAUGUUGCAUAUGUAAAAUAUAUUUAAUUAGCCCGUGUACAUAUAUAUGCAACUGGCAAAUGCGAACGCUAUAUAUAGUCCUGUUUGACUUGAUAAAUAUGGCCACUUUAACGCGUCUCCUAAUAUUUAAACACAAUUCUUGAGAUUAGUCAAUUUUUUGCUUUCAAGUAACAUUCGAUUCACGUGAACAAGUUUGUUAAUAAAUGGCUUAAUUAAAAAAUAUAAGUCGAACAGAAGGAUACCUCGUGGAUAAGCGUUCGCAGGUUGUUCAGAGAAGAAUAUAUAUUGAAAAAAAAAUUAUGAUAAACAUUCAGGAAUCCGUCGUGGGCAUUCGCAGCUCAAUAAACACGUUUGGUUUUUAUACAUAAAACACGUAUACACGAUAUUUCUCGAUACUUGUUGCACCGAUCCUCUAUUUCAAGCCUCGGGCAACUGAUGCGCCCUCGGGCACGUAGAUCUCCCUUCGGGUUUCAUCAAAAUGUUACUUUCUUUUCGUGACAACAUUUAAUUUACCGUCACGGGGGCAUCGAGUUGCUCGAGGCUGCUACUUCAUCGUUAAAGUGUUAGCACGACUCGUCCUUAACUAAACAUUAUAAAAAUCUGAAUUAUCUCGCAGGCUGGCUUGUGAUACGCGGAAGAAACAGCAAGAAUUUUCGGACACGCGUUUCGAAGGAAUUGAACGAUGUACUAUUUCGCUUCUAGCGAGAUCAACUCGGUUUAUUUGCUUGGAAAUAAAAUUCUGUGCCAUUUUAA